CCCCACCCCCCAGGUGACCCCCGGGCAGGGGCACCAUGACCCGCCUGAGCUGGUGCUUUGCCACCUUGGUUCGCUGGGGGAAAUCCCUGGUGUCCUGCCUCCUGCCCCUGCGCGCCUGCCGCCACAGGGAGCCCCAGGACCUGGAGGCCCCCCCGGCGCACGCCUUCAAGAUGACGAGCUUCAAGAAGGUGAAGGCGUGCGGGAUCUGCCGGCAGGCCAUCACGCGCCAGGGCAGCACCUGCCGAGGCUGCAAGCUCUCCUGCCACACCAAGUGCCAAGCCAAGGCUGCCACCCCGUGCUCUCCCGCUGUCAACUAUGAGCUGCCGUCCCCAGGGGAGAGCAUCACCCAGCAGGCGGACAUCCCGGACACCACGAAAUCCCCCAGGAGCGGGCAGUCACGCCGCAAAACAUCCAGGAGCAUGAGCGUGACGGCGGCGAUGGAGAGCAGCUGCGAGUUGGACCUGGUGUACAUCACGGAGCGCAUCAUCGCCGUCUCCUACCCCAGCGCAGCCGAGGAGCAGAACUUCCGCAGCAACCUCCGCGAGGUGGCCCACAUGCUGAAGUCCAAGCACGGGGACAACUACGUGCUUUUCAAUCUAUCCGAGCGGAGACAUGACAUCAGCAAGCUUCACCCCAAGGUGCUGGAUUUCGGGUGGCCCGACCUGCACACCCCGGCGCUGGAGAAGAUCUGCAGCAUUUGCAAAGCCAUGGACACAUGGCUCAACGCGGCGGGUCACAACGUGGUGGUGCUGCACAACAAGGGGAACCGCGGCCGGCUGGGGGUGGUGGUGGCAGCCUACAUGCACUACAGCAACAUCUCAGCCAGCGCCGACCAGGCUCUGGACAGGUUUGCCAUGAAGCGCUUCUACGAGGACAAGGUGGUGCCGGUGGGACAGCCCUCCCAGAGGAGGUACAUCCACUACUUCAGCGGGCUGCUGUCCGGCAGCAUCAAGAUGAACAACAAGCCCCUCUUCCUCCACCACGUCAUCAUGCACGGCAUCCCCAACUUCGAGUCCAAAGGCGGUUGCCGGCCCUUCCUGAAGAUCUACCAGGCCAUGCAGCCCGUCUACACCUCGGGGAUCUACAACGUGCAAGGGGACAGCCAGACGGGCAUCUGCAUCACCAUCGAGCCCGGGCUGCUGCUGAAGGGCGAUAUCUUGCUCAAGUGCUACCACAAGAAGUUUCGCAGCCCGACCCGCGACGUGAUUUUCCGCGUGCAGUUCCACACGUGCGCCGUGCACGAUCUGGACAUCGUCUUUGGCAAGGAGGACCUGGACGAGGCCUUCAGAGAUGACCGCUUCCCCGAGUAUGGGAAGGUGGAGUUCGUGUUCUCCUACGGCCCCGAGAAGAUCCAAGGCAUGGAGCACCUGGAGAACGGGCCCAGCGUCUCCGUGGACUACAACACCUCCGACCCGCUCAUCCGCUGGGACUCCUACGAGAACUUCAACAUCCAGCGCGAGGACAGCGCCGAGGGAGCCUGGGCCGAGCCGCCGCUGCCUGCCAAGCACCUGGAGAAAGAGGUUGGGCACACGCAAGGGCCCCUGGACGGGAGCCUCUACGCUAAAGUGAAGAAGAAAGACUCCCUGCACGGCAGCACCGGCGCCGUCAACGCCGCCCGCCUCCCUCUUUCGGCAACUCCCAACCACGUCGAGCACACGCUGUCGGUGAGCAGCGACUCGGGCAACUCCACCGCCUCCACCAAGACCGACCGGACGGAUGAGCCGGGGGCACCCGGGGCACCCGGCGGCCACACGGUGCUGAGCCCCGAGGAGAAGCGGGAGCUGGACCGUCUCCUCGUCGGCUUCGGCUUGGAGAGCGCGGCGCCCAUGCACAACCACGCGCCCGGCCCGUGCCCCGCGCGCGCGCCCGCCGUGCCGGGUCGCCACGUGGUGCCGGCCCAGGUGCACGUCAACGGCAGUGCCGUGCCGCUGGUGGCCGAGCGGGAGACGGAUAUCUUGGACGACGAGCUGCCCAACCAGGACGGGCACAGCGUGGGCAGCCUGGGCACGCUGUCCUCCUUGGACGGCACCACCACCGCCAGCGAGACCGGGUACCACGAGGCACCGCGGGUGGGCAGCCUCUCCUCCCUGCCCAACGGGCCGGCGAGCUACAACGGGGCUGAGAAGAUGCUCAAGGAGGGGCUCUACGAGGUCGAGCCGCUCUCCAACGGCACCUACCCCUACGGCAACCAGAACGCCCUGGUGGGCCACCACCUCCGUGACCCGCUGGCUCACUUGCGGCCCUCAGCAUCUGCGCAGGAGCACCUGGCCGCCUACCCGCAGCGGCCACCGGCCACGGCCUCCCCAGGCUGGCUGCAGCCCCCGGCGCCCCAGCCGUACCUGUACGGCUACGACCUUCCCGGUGCCCACCGCUCGCAGUCCUUCCCGGCCGUCGGGACGGCUAAAUACGAAGCGAACCCAGCGCUGCCCCGCCCUGCUCGCAGCACCAGCAGCCGGGAGGCCGUGCAGCGGGGCUUGAAUUCCUGGCAGCAGCAAGGCGGCAGCCGGCCACCUUCCCGGCUGCAGGACGGCGGCUUGGAGAGCCACAGCCCCAGCCUGUCCAGCUGCAGCCCCCAGCCCAGCCCGCUGCAGCUGGUGCCCCCGCACAGCCACAGCAUGCCCGAGUUCCCCCGGGCGCCCUCCCGCCGGGAGAUCGAGCAGUCCAUUGAAGCGCUCGACGUCCUCAUGCUGGACCUCGCGCCCGCCGUCCACAAGUCGCAGAGCGUCCCUGCGGCCGCCCGCCCGGACAAGCCGGCCGCCUUGCUCUCCUCGCUCUCGGCGCAGCCGCUUGCCAGCCACUAUGCCCAGCCGGCCCCUCAGGUGGCCCAGCCGAGGUCCUUCGGCACCCCCGUGGGCUCUGAUCCCCUGGCCAAAGCCUACUCUCCUGGCCCAGUAGCUCCCAUGGGACGAGGCACGAUGGAGCCAGACUACACCGUGCACGAGUACCGGGAAACCUAUACACCCUACAGCUACCAGCCGGUGCCGGAGCCGAGGAGUUACGGCCAUGCCGUUGCGCCGGCGAGCGUCCUCCCGCUCAGCACCUCGUAUAGCCCCGUGGGGUCCCAGCAGCUCCUCGUCUCCUCCCCACCGUCCCCCACCGUCCCCGCACAAAGCCAGAUGCCCCCCAAGGGACUGGAGAGCUACGAAGACCUGUCGAGAUCAGCGGAAGAACCCUUGAAUCUGGAGGGCCUGGUGGCCCACAGGGUGGCAGGGGUGCAGUCCCGGGAGAAGCCCCCGGAGGAGAGCGCCGUCCCUGCCCGACGGCGAACCCCCAGUGACAGCCACUAUGAGAAGAGCUCGCCGGAGCCCAGCUCGCCCCGCAGCCCCACCGUCCUCUCGCCCGAGGUGGUCAGCACCAUCGCGGCCAACCCUGGAGGGAGGCCCAAGGAGCCUCACCUCCACAGCUACAAGGAAGCCUUCGAGGAGAUGGACGGUGCCUCCCCCAGCAGCCCAACCUCCGGCGGUGUGCGCUCUCCGCCCGGCCUGGCCAAGACCCCGCUCUCAGCACUGGGGCUGAAACCCCAUAACCCGGCCGAGAUCCUGCUGCACCCGGUGGGAGAGCUAGAAGGGGAGGCGGGAGCUGCCUCUGAAGAAGAGCCCAGGAGCUAUGUCGAGUCGGUGGCCCGGACGGCCACGACAGGCAGGGGGGGAACCCUGCCGGCUGCCCAGCCCGGGGGCCUGGAGGUGCCCGCCAGGAACGGUGCCUUCGGCAACUCCUUCACCGCCCCCAGUCCCGUCUCCACCAGCAGCCCCAUUCACAGCGUGGACGGUGCCUCCCUCCACAGCUACCCCUCAGAGGGCAGCCCCCAUGGCACGGUGACGCCUCCCCAUGCCGCGGCCGAGCCAGCGUACCGGUCGCCUGUCGUCUCCCAGAUGCCCUCUGCUCACAGCAGCUACCAAACCUCGUCUCCGUCAUCCUUCCAAGCGGCCACCCCGGGCUCGCUGUACGCCAGCCCCGACUACCCUGACGGCCGAGCCGGCUUCCAGCCGGAUCCCCAAACCCGGCCGCAGCAGCAGGUCAGCGUGGUGGGCGUCCACGCGCUGCCAGGGAGCCCCCGCACCCUCCACCGGACAGUGGCUACCAACACGCCUCCCAGCCCCGGCUUUGGGCGAAGAGCCGUCAACCCUGCUGCCGGCGGCGCUCCUGGCAGCCCCGGGAUGGGCCGGCACGCCGUGGCCCCCCACGGCAACCUGGCCGUGCCGCCGGGGAGCCCCAGCCUCGCCCGGCAUCAGGUGGCGGCGGCCGUGCCGCCAGGCAGCCCCGUGUACGGCUACUCCAGCCCAGAGGAGAGGCGCCCGACGCUGUCCCGGCAGAGCAGCUCGUCCGGCUACCAGCCUCCCUCCACCCCAUCCUUCCCCGUCUCGCCGGCGUACUACCCAGGCACCAGCACACCGCACUCCUCCUCGCCGGACUCGGCUGCCUACCGGCAGGGCAGCCCCACGCCGCAGCCGGCGCUGCCCGAGAAGAGGCGGAUGUCAGCCGGGGAGCGCUCCAACAGCCUGCCCAACUACGCCACCAUCAACGGCAAGGCCUCCUCACCUCUCUCCAGCGGCAUGUCCAGCCCCAGCAGCGGCAGCGCCGUGGCCUUCUCCCACACCCUGCCAGAUUUCUCCAAGUUUUCCAUGCCAGACAUCAGCCCCGAGACUCGUGCCAACGUCAAGUUUGUGCAGGACACUUCCAAGUACUGGUACAAGCCGGAGAUCUCCAGGGAGCAAGCCAUCGCGCUGCUGAAGGACAGGGAGCCGGGGGCUUUCAUCAUCCGGGACAGCCACUCCUUCCGGGGAGCCUACGGCCUCGCCAUGAAAGUAGCCUCCCCGCCUCCCACGGUCAUGCAGCAGAACAAGAAAGGAGACAUCACCAACGAGCUGGUGAGACAUUUCCUCAUCGAGACCAGCCCGCGGGGUGUGAAACUAAAAGGAUGCCCCAACGAGCCUAAUUUUGGCUGCCUCUCGGCUCUGGUCUACCAGCACUCCAUCAUGCCCUUGGCCCUGCCCUGCAAGCUGGUCAUUCCCGACCGAGAUCCCAUGGAGGAAAAGAAAGACGUUGCAUCCGCCACCAACUCGGCCACAGACCUUCUCAAACAGGGUGCGGCCUGCAAUGUGCUCUUCAUCAAUUCGGUGGAGAUGGAGUCGCUCACGGGCCCCCAGGCCAUCUCCAAGGCUGUAGCCGAGACGCUGGUGGCCGACCCCACGCCCACUGCGACGAUCGUCCACUUCAAAGUCUCCGCGCAAGGCAUCACCUUAACUGACAACCAGAGGAAGUUGUUCUUCCGACGGCACUACCCUCUCAACACCGUCACCUUCUGCGACCUGGACCCCCAGGAACGAAAGUGGACUAAAACUGAUGGCAGUGGCCCAGCCAAGCUCUUCGGCUUCGUGGCCAGGAAGCAAGGGAGCACCACGGACAACGUCUGCCACCUCUUCGCGGAGCUGGACCCGGACCAGCCGGCUGCAGCCAUCGUCAACUUUGUCUCCAGGGUCAUGCUUGGCUCCGGCCAGAAAAGAUGAGCCGGCGCUCACGGGUGAUUCUUGAAUUUUGGAGAAGGACUUGGAGCUGAUCCGAGAAGGAGUGUGAGGAAGUGCAUUGUGGGAGAGGGAAGUGAAUCGGGGGGGGGGGAAAGGGUUGGAAUUUUGGAGGAAAACAGCAAACAACAGCAACGAAAAAAAAAAGAACAAAACCCCUAAAAACUCAACACAAGCCAAACACACACAUAGAGGAAUCUAAGCCACGCACCUACGUACCAGUGCCACGAAGUCACGCCAGACAGGGAAGGGACAUGGGUGCAUGUCCCACUGCAGGGAAGGUGACCAAGGCGAAGGCGGCGGUGAGAGGUGUUCCAGCUUUCGGCAUCACGGUCCCGAGGCUGCACCGAGCAGUGAUGUUCGCUCUGGACCGAACGUGGGAUCAUGACUGAUAUCUUCUAUCUGGCAAAAAAAAAAAAAGAAACAAACCGGCAAAAGCCACGGAAGAAGCUUCAUCGGCGCAUGCCUGCUGUGUGUUCAAUGCAACCCAUAGGAGUAACGCCCUGCCGCAUUGUGGGACAGGUCUGCAGGACACCGGAGGAGAUGCCCUUGGAAACAUUCCCUUGCCGUGCUGCAGCGGAGGGUCUUGCCAGCCUCUGCGCUGAGCCCAAAACCUGAUGGCCGCCUUUCUGGGGCAUACGAGGGCUUGAUCCCAAACCCUCUUAUCCCCUGGGAACUCGGCUUUGGGCUGACCUCAGCAGUUGGCCCAGAGCCUGCUCAGAUUCCAGCACCGCUCACAGGUGAGGCAGCACGAGUCCACCCGGAGAGAGGCAUCGCAGCCUCUCCACGCCUCCUGGGGUGCUGGUACCUGGGCAGCCUGAACCCGUGGGGCUCCUGCUGCUCCACGCCUGGGAGCAGGAGGAUGCUCCCCAGGAACCUCCCGGGCUGGUGGAGAAAGUCGCCUCCUCUCCCGUCUUCCCCUUUUCCCUCCCAUCACCAGUCCUCUUUGGCAGUCUUAUCCUGCGGCCUGUCACACAUUCUCAUAACAACAACAAAAAAGAAAGAAAAAUAUUGUAGUAAUAAUAAUAAUAAUAAUAAUAAUAAUAGCGGAUGCUUGCACAGUUUCCUGUGCAGAGCAGCGGACCCGUGGCUGGCCCUAUCUCUCUUCGGAGACGUGCAAGCAGUUUUUAAAUUGCAUGGACGUUCAAGUUGCACGAAAGGCGAAUGACUACAAGUAACUCAGGCGCUUUUUCUCAUUUUUAUUUUGGAGGCCACGUUAAAAAAAAAGAAAAAAGAAGGAAGAAAAUGUAUUAAAAAAAAAAGGAAAGGAACGGACCAGCAGUUGCUGGGCUACUUUGGCUCGGUGGGGAGGCCACAGGUCCUCUGAGAGCCACCCUCUGCCUUCCCCCAUGGCCGAAGGCUCGCGCUCCCCUGAUGCACGGCGGGUUUGCAGCAGCUGAGGCUCUUCCCUUUGCCUGGGGGUGUGAUGAGAGCCAGCCCUCGCUGGGAGCCGAGCUGCUGGCCAAGGGCCCCUGUGCCCUUGCGGCAGGGCGUCACGGUUUUGGGGAGCAGAGGUCCCAGCCCCAGGCUGCGAGCAUCCCCUCCGAGCCAGGGGCUGCGGGGCAGCAGCUGAUCCACCAGCUCUGCAUGGGGCAGGAGCAUGGCGAGCGCAAAAGCUGAGAACAUUUUAAUUUUUAUUUUUUUGGAGAAGUUUCAGUGCAAAGUGGCCCAGAUAGCCUGUUGGGGGCAAAAUUUAGAAACUUAGUACUGCAGUCCCCCCGGCGAGCUCGCCUCCCUCGGCCCACCCUUGCCUUGAUAGCUAUAAUAUAUAUAGGAGCUAUACCAAUGAAAUACUGUAAGCUAACAGAAUUUUAAGGAGGAACAAAGGUUAAAUUUACACUCCAAAAAUAUUUAUUUUUUGCCAUAUUGCUUUCUGCGCAUCGUAUCUCCCCCAUUAUAUACGCCUUCCCCUCCGCCCUGGAUAAAAAUAACACCCAACACGUUGAAAGCAAACCAAGAGCAAGGAAAAACGCCGGGGUUGGGCGCGGGGUCCCCACUUCGUGGUGGUGGUGGGGGGCGUGCGGGUGACAUGUGUGUGACUGGGGGCGCGUGCGUGUGCGUGUGUGUGUGCGCGAGAGAGCGAGCGGCGUGGGCACACGGAGGGGGCUGGCGUGGCCGGAGGCUGGCGUAUGGCGAGCGUUGGAUGCGUAGCGGGGAUUUGGGUGCGAGACUGCGGCGGGAUAAGGGGGGGCGGCCAGGGGUUUUCCCCCCCCCCCAGCUCCCCCUUGCCCGCAUGGAUGCGGAGAACUUUUCAUAUAUAUAUAUAUAUUAUUUUUGGUGUUUCAAAAGCGAUUCCCUCCUUCUGCGAAAUUCAAGCGAGACGAGAGACAAUCUCACCCGUAAUGUCCUCACCCUGCCGUUAACCAAUUAGAGAAAACACUGUGUUUAUAGAUAUAUAAAUAUAUAUUUUUGAAAGUCUCUAUUUUUCAGACUUCGUUUUCUCACUGCUAAGAAAGAGAAGAGAUGAUAAUAAUGUAAUUUUAUUUUAAUCUGCUGCCUCGGAAACCGGUGCUUGAAACUCCCAUUCAUCCUCUCCUCCCCGUACAAGGAAGCAGAUUAAAGCACCCCAGAGAUGUCGAGCACAGCAGAUACCUGCCGGCAGCAUCAUGCCUGCUUCGAGCUGGGACCUCUCACGGCUCCCACACUAACCCACUCGCUGAAGCCAGAGAUUUACACAGCAUCCCAACCUCGGACACUAACAAAAUCGCCCGACGGUUAUAUAUUUUUUUAACACAGAGCUUCCAAUGAUGUAGCCGGGUGUUUGUCAGCUACCUUUAAAGGCACUUUUCUUCUUUUAGCUCCUUUUUUUUUUUAAGUUACGUUCUUAGGUGUAGCUCCCCUUUCUGUCCUCAGUUCACGUUGCCUGGGGCCAGUGGGGACCCAGCACCGCAGUGAUAUUUUUCCUUAUGAAAGGGAUGGAAAAGGUUCUUUGGUUUUUCUUUGGUUUUUGAUGCAGUAUUUGGUAUUUGAGAGCCAAGCUUGUGCGAGUUAAGCCCAGCAUAUGUUUCGUUGUAAUCACACUGCCGUGUUCAGCAGCCGGAUGUUAUCUCUCUCACACACACACACACACAAACAUAUCCCUCCUUCCUGCACAAAGAACUGCAUAUAUUCUUGCCAAAGAUAUCCUUAAAAACGCACUUUUCCCCAUAUAUAUAUAUAUAUAUAUAAUUUUUUUUUUUGUUUGUGUAAAUUUGUUGUACGUGCCCUUUUUGUGUUGGUUUGUUCUUCGGAGAAGAACCCCCCUCCUCCCUUUGCUGUCCCUUUUGCUGCCCAUUCACAAAGGCUCCCCUUGGGAUUCAUCUUGUUGCCUGUCCCCAAAUGGGGGCCCCAGAGCGGAGCCGGCACUGGGGGCCUGCAGCGGGCGAAAUGUGGAGCUCCCAUUCAACUCGCUGCCUCCAGUACCUAUUUUGGGGGAUCACCCGUGUGCAGCCCCAGGCGUUGUCCCAGCCCCCAGGUCCCACCUGGAUUUGGCUGCAGCUGCCAGGCAUCGAUUUUUUUCUUUUUCCAGUGAGUUCAACAGCCCGAGCUGAAGCGCAAAGUGUGACGGCGCUGAGCAGAUCCCCACCCAGCAGGUCGGGCAGGUAACAAACCAGUUGCCCCAAAAACCCAGACGGCAGCAUCAGCAAAAGUCAUACCUUCCCGUUGGAGCAGGCAGGGAGAUCAGACAGCAAAGGAGCCCGCAGGGGCUUGUUUGAUUUCGUUCGUUUGUUUUGCAAAUUGCGAGGUUGGUUUGGGGUUACUAUUUUUUUUUUCUUUUCCUUAAAAAGGAAAAAAAAAAAAAAAGAAAAAAGGAAGCAACCCAGUGUUUCUGUUGGCAGAUCCCAUGUUUUGUAUGUUUUUUUUUUUUCUUUCCCUGUUGUUGUCUUUGUUACUUUGGGAACGUUACCGAUUUAUUUGCUAAUCAGUGUUAAUGAACAGUUUAAAACUUUCAGACUUGCCCAUUUCUGUGUAUUUAUAUAGAUGGAAAAAUACGUUAUAUUUUGUAUCUCUGUGCCCAUGAUGUCGUCGCGCGUGUAAAGAUGACUUCGGUCGCACCAUGUCUGCGUGUGAAUGUGACUCCGCUUUCGUCUUCCCCUUUGUACAGAUGUCUGAUUCUCUGCAGUUCAUUGUAUGGCUUUAUAAAGUGGUAAAAACGAAAAUCAGUUAUAUAAAAUAUACUGUUGCUUGGAAUGCCA